AUGUUGAACCGUUGCAUUUACCGUAAUGCCAAAUUGCCAAUAAACUUAAGAGUUGCUUCUCGUUUCUAUUCGGAUGGCCCUCUAGGUGGUGCCGGACCGGGGAAUCCUCAAGAUAUCUUCAUCAAGAGGGAACGUGCCAAGGAGGAUUACUAUGCCAGGCAGCAAGAGAGGGAGCAAUUAGCUCAUGUGAAAGAGCAAUUAAAGGAACAUAAGAAAAAAUUAGAAAAUUUAGAAAACAAAAUCAAUAAUCUUUCAAAAUGA